AUGGCUGGGUUACGCAAAUGCCACCAAUCCGAAAUACCCGGACAUGAUUUUGUCUUCAUCGGCGUAGACAAAACCCUGAUCGUGUGGAAGUUAACUCGUGACGAAACUAACUACGGUGUGCCACAGAAGCGUCUUUAUGGUCACUCCCACUUCAUCUCAGAUGUUGUUCUCUCCAGUGACGGCAACUAUGCCCUCUCUGGUUCAUGGGACAAGACCCUGCGUCUUUGGGAUCUCGCCGCCGGCAAGACUACUAGGCGUUUUGAGGACCAUACUAAGGAUGUCCUGUCGGUGGCUUUCUCGGUAGACAACCGUCAGAUCGUAUCUGGAUUCUCACCCAACCAUGCCAACCCCAUCAUUGUGUCUGCGGGUUGGGAUCGCACUGUCAAGGUUUGGCAUCUCACCAACUGCAAACUCAAGAUCAACCACUUGGGACACUCUGGCUACUUGAACACAGUUACAGUUUCACCUGAUGGAUCUCUUUGUGCCUCUGGUGGCAAGGACAUGAAGGCCAUGCUGUGGGACCUCAACGAUGGCAAGCACCUCCACACCCUGGAUCACAAUGACAUCAUCACAUCAUUGUGCUUCUCACCUAACAGAUAUUGGCUAUGUGCUGCCUUUGGACCUUCUAUCAAGAUCUGGGAUUUGGAAAGCAAGGAGAUGGUUGAGGAACUCAAACCAGAGAUCAUCAACCAAACCCAGACAUCCAAAUCAGACCCACCGCAGUGCCUGUCUCUAGCUUGGUCUACAGACGGCCAGACCCUCUUUGCUGGAUAUUCCGACAAUAUCAUCAGAGUCUGGCAGGUUUCAGUCUCUGCACGAUAA